AUGGAGGAUUCAGGUGCGAUUCUAUGUCAAAUCUCCAUUUUCAAGGACAUGCUUGAUCAGGUCAAUCGGGAAAUCGAAGCAAACAUUCAGGUCACGCGAGAGAUCGAAUCACAGAUCGGAAAUUGUUCUGAGACGGAAUCGGCUCUGUCUGUCAAAGAAGCUGAGCUUACUAAAUCGUUCCUUGCUUCUCAGUUCGAGAUCAAUGGUUUGAUCUCCGUUACAGCUGAUUCAAGAAACUCUCUGAAGCUAUUGGAGGAUGAGAUUUGUCGUUUGAGAAAUGAGCAUAGUGAGCUAAUUACAAGACUAACCGAGAAGCGGGAAGGUUUUGUGAAGAUGUGUUUUGGGUUUCAAAGGGAGAUUGAAGACAGUGAAUUCAGGAAUUUAUUGUUGGAAAGAGAGUUUCUCGACAACGAAGUUCGGAUGUUGGAGGAGAAGAACUUAGAUGUGAAGAACUCUAUUUUGGCUUACAUGGAAGAUGAAAUGAUGAAUCUAUUAUCUGAUUAGUGUUUCUGGUCACAUUAUCUUCAACACCAUGGAUCAUUGGUGCACCAGAAUGGAGGUUCAUGUAUACAAAAAAUAUGUUACAAAAAGAAUAAAAGGUGAAGUUUGUUAUCAACGCCCUAAGAUCAAACAUCAUUUCUUAACGCCCUAAGAUCACAGACUUUGUCAUCUCAUUCACAGUGAUCAAAUCCUCAGACGAUGAUUUGUCAUCUCUCCUGUGCACUACAAAUGUCGGUUGUUCUGGUGGUGGAAGAUCUGAUGUUGUGGUGAGCAUAGACAGCAACUCAAGUGUGUUGGGUCUAUCUGCAGGUUGGUGUUGAACACAGAGCAGACCGAUCUGAACACAUCUCUCAACUUCCAGUGGGCGACAUGAAUCGGCGACAUCUUUGUCCAAGAGAUCAAUUCCUCCAGUAUCACACCAAGAUUCCCACGCCUGUUGUUCAGAUUCAGGUCUUAAGAAUAUAAAAGCAAGAAACGUUUUGAGACAUUUGCAACUGUAUGAAUACCUAAAAGUUGUACUUACAUAUGCAAUAAGGGUUUUUUCUUCUUU